GGCGGAAGUUCCUGCUCCCUUCACGGGAGACAUCUUGUUUGCUUUUUGACUAGGCGGUCAGUCUCAGGAACGCUAUGUCAAGCCCGUGGUGACAGGAAGGGAAGUCGGGAGCCGAGGCAUUGUCUCCCCUGAACGGAGCGGGCCGCGGGCUCCGCGGUGGCGCCGCCUAGUCACCCGGCCAGUCCCCGGCCCGAUGGCGGCGCAGAUGGACGCGGCGCAGGGGCAGGUGAACUUUGAGGAUGUGUUCCUGUACUUCUCCCAGGCAGAGUGGGAACUCCUUGAUGAGGCUCAGAGGCACCUGUACCGUGAUGUGAUGCUGGAGAACUUUGCUCUUAUGGCCUCCCUGGGACAUGCAUCAUCCAUGUUUCAUAGAGUUGCUUCACUGGAGCUGGGCAGUGAGCCCUGGCAACCUGACUGGGUGGACAUAAUUCCAGCCAUUGCCAGAGAGAUUCUAGGCUGUUGGCAUGGAGUACGGGAUGAGGAGGCACCUAAGCAGAGCAUUUUUACAGAAGGAGUAUCACAGACCAGGACUCCCAAGGGAGGCUUUUCUACUCAGGAGUCCCACCUCUGUGAGAUGUGUGGUCAGCUCUUGAAAGAUAUUUCACACAUGGCCAAGCACCAGGACACACACCCUGGGCAGAAACCAUACAUGUGCAUGGCAUGUGGGAAACAGUUCUGGUUCACGGCAAACCUUCACCAGCACCACAAGCAGCCCAGUGAAGAGAAACCCACUAGAAGGGACAAGGGCAAUACCUUUCUUGUGAACCACUGUCCUGUCCAACCCUCAGAGAUGCUUUCUGUGACAAGGAAGAGUUGUAAAGACUCCCCAGGCAGCUCAAGCAUUUUCCCGCACCAUUACCCUCACAGUGAGUGGGAUCCACAUGGUAAUACCAGGUAUGAGGAGACCAUUCCUGCUGGACAGAGGCAUUACACAUGCAGUGAAUGUGGGAAAGCCUUCAGCCGCAAAGACUCACUUGUUCAGCACCAGAGAGUCCACACUGGAGAAAGACCUUAUGCAUGUGGUGAAUGUGGGAAAACCUUCAGCCGCAAACCCAUACUUGCUCAGCAUCAGAGAAUUCACACUGGAGAAAUGCCUUAUGAAUGUGGCAUAUGUGGAAAGGUUUUCAAUCAUAGCUCUAACCUUAUUGUCCACCAGAGAGUCCACACUGGAGCGAGGCCUUACAAAUGCAGUGAAUGUGGGAAAGCCUAUAGCCACAAGUCCACACUUGUUCAGCAUGAGAGCGUACACACUGGAGAAAGGCCUUAUGAAUGCAGUGAAUGUGGAAAAUACUUUGGUCACAAGUAUAGGCUCAUUAAACAUUGGAGUGUUCACACUGGAGCAAGGCCUUAUGAGUGCAUUGCAUGUGGAAAGUUCUUUAGCCAAAGCUCCGAUCUUAUUGCUCACCAAAGGGUUCACAAUGGUGAAAAGCCAUACGUGUGCAAUGAAUGUGGAAAAGCCUUUAGUCACAAACAUGUACUUGUUCAGCACCAUAGGAUUCACACUGGGGAAAGGCCAUAUAAAUGCAGUGAGUGUGAGAAGGCCUUCAGGCAAAGGGCUUCUCUUAUUCGCCACUGGAAAGUCCACACUGGAGCAAGGCCUUAAUUUGUAGCUGCAGCCAUGUUUUUGUUCAGCAUGACUGGUACUUGAGAACAGAUUAGGAAGCAGCCCUUGUGCAUAGCCCUCAGCCAGAGGUUGAGCCCCAGACAUUCAAACAUCCAUCCUGGGGAAAUCCUGAAUGCCAGCUGUGUUGGAAGCUUUCUGGGGCUUUUUGCAUUUUCUUUUUGCGCAGGACCCUUGCCAGAACUGUAUCUCUGGCAUUGCCUCUGAGAGGAGGCACUGUUUUGGCACUAGAGCCUUGUAUUGUGCACUCCAAUGUACUGUGAGAGCCACACCUCUGUGUCCCUUCAUGGGAUCAUGAGUAGCCCAAGGCUGUGGAGCACUCUCACUCUCUCCUGCCCCUCCCCUGACUAGAUUAAGCCUGGAUUGGGUCAGGUUUGGACCAGUAGGAUUCUGCUGAUUGCCAGCACAGGUUUCCCUUCUACACGGACAUGGUUGGUCUCAGGUGGCAUCUGUGAUGGAUUGGUCUAGCUUCUCAGACACUUAAACUGAAAUUGCCUGCCUCGUAUUGUUCUGGCUUGGCAACAGAUGUCUUAAUUUCUGCAUCAUAUUUAAUCUUGGGGAUUCACUUGUGGAUUGGUCUGGAAGCAGAAUUAGAUUCCACUGGCAUGAAGGGAUGAAGACAUUUUGUGAGAGCCCUAGCUGUUGGUGUCUCGGAUGCUAGGAGGAUGGCAAAGAAUAGCCCUCAAUCUAGUGUUGGCCUCACAUGUAUUGCUGCUUGCACUCUCCUAGGAAAGAAUACUGAUCUUUGCAGAUCCGAUCUUGGGAUCUAUAUGCCAAGAGUAUUUAUGUGACCAAAGUUACCCUAAGCAGUGGGAAUUUUGACAAUCUCUGUUGUGUCUGGGAGCAUCUUGAAUUGGAUCCCUUGUUCUCAAAGGACAUUUCAUAUUUCUCAGCCCUUUUGCAGAGAACUUGACCCUUUGGACCUGAAAUAUGUCAUUUGUAAAACAGAUACCUCUGGUGUUUCAUAGAAGGAAAAGGUGUGAUCACAGUUGGUACAGGGAGUUAGGAGAGGGCAGCAGACUAUGGGGAUAGAAACUAUCCAUAGUAGCAGGUGUGGUGCCAUACCUGUAGUCCCAGCUACCCAGAAGGCUGAGGCAGGAGGAUCACUUGAACUCAGAUUUCAAGAUAAGCUUGGGUUGCAUGAUGGGAUCCCCAUCUCAAAAAUAAAUUGAUAGAUAGAUAAAAGUAUCUCCACAAAUGUUUCCAUCAUUUUGGCUUUAUGAGGGUUUGCGGAAAUUCUUAAGACUCCCACACCUUUGUCUCUUGAGGCUAAGGUCACUCUCAGAGAUAUCAUUCUAAAUAUUUUCUUCGACAAAUGGGGCAUAAUUAUAGUGUGCAGUCUCAUAUAUAUAAGUUUUUUUAGUUGUUAAUAGAAUUUUAUUUAUAUGUGGUGCUGAGAAUUGAACCCAGUGCCUCACACAUGCUAGACAAGCCCUCUACCACUGAGCUACAACCCCAGCCCCCCAGUCUCAUAAGUUUUGAUACAUAUUUGCACCUGGGCAGUCAAAAGUUUCUUGAUUCCCUUUAUAAUUUCUCUCCCUGUCCUUUCCUCAGGCGAUCCUUGAUCUACUGUCACUGUAGGUUUGUUUGCAUUUCCUAGAUUUUAUAUAUGUGAACUAAUGCAAUAUGUCCUCUGAUGUAUCUGACUUCUUUAAUUCUGAUUAUUUGUGUUCAUCCAUAUUGUCUUGUGUUAUUAGAGAUUUAUUUUUUUUUCUUUUAUACUGUGAGUGUAUUCCAAUAUGGAGAAAUAUUUCCAAAGCAAGUCAUUUGGAGAGACUCACCCAGGACCCAAAUUGCAGUGUCUGACUCAUUAUUGAUUUAUAAUUUAAUUCCAUUUUAGAGGUGCAGGUUGUAACACGUGAUUAUAACACAUUCUGUAGGUAGCAAUGACUAGUCCUGGUAAAGGUGGAAGGGACUACAUGACAGAGUAAAUACAAGGAGGUAGGGAUUUGUGUGUGUGUGUGUACGGGGAUGGUAUUCCUAGGAUAUUGGUGACUGCAAUCUGUGCUUUGUUUUCAUUUUACAUUUUUAGUCUUUUAAAUAUGUUUUUUAGUUGUUGAUAGACCUUUAUUUUAUUUAUUUUAUAUGUGGUGCUGAGAAUCAAACCCAGUGCCUCACACAUGCCAGACAAGUGUGCUACUGCUGAGCCCCAGCCCUCUCUACAUUUUUAGUCUUUUAAUGGUGAAUUUAAUUGACUGAUUUUUCAGUGUAAUGCCAACCUUGCAUUUCUAGGAAAAAAACCCUUUUGGUAGUGAUGUAUUAUUCUUUAUAUAUUGGUGGAUUUGUUUAGGUAUUUUAUUUUAUUGUAUUUACAGUUGUGAGAGAUGUUAGUUUCUAACUUUCUUUAAUGCUUGGGCUUGGCUUUGGUUCCAGCAAAAUGUUGGCUUUACAGAAUAAUUUGGGAGCUAGUUAAUUAACCAAAACAAUUGCUAGUUAAUUAUCCAAAACAGUUUGUGAAAUUGAUAUUUCUUCCUUAAGUUUUUGGUAGAGUUCACCAACGAAGCUGUCUGGGCCUGGAAUUUGUUUUGUGUGAAAGUUUUAACUACAAGAUUAAUUUCAUAGUAGUUUUAUUUUCCUCCUCUUCCUCCUCUUCUUCCUCUUUCUUUCUCUGUCAAGAACAAGUUUUGAUGGAUUAUAUCUUGCAAGGAGUAGUUUGUUAAUUUUAUUUAAGUAGUCAAAAUGUUCAAAAUUCCCUUAUUACUAGCAGUAUCUAGAAUCUGUAGUCAUGCUACAUGUAGUCAUGUCGUGAUGCUGAUGUUGUCUGAACAGAAUGUUUUAUUUCUGAUCAGUUUUGAUAGAGAUUUAUCAAUUUUAUGAUCUUAAGGCACAUGGAUUCAUUAAUUUCUCUAUUUUCUUUUUCUUUUUUCUCUUUCAGUCUGACCCUUAUUAUUACCUUCAGCUUUUAUUAGAUCUCAUUUCUUUUUUGCUACUUUUUAAUAUGAAAGGGGUCCUUCAUUUGACACCCUUGGCUUUUUUUUUUUUUUUUUUUUAACUAACAUAGGUGCAGUAGCAUUGUCCCAUAAGGACUAUUUUAUUUCCCUCCCAUGAAACUUAAUAUAUUGUGUUUUUAUUUUAAUUAAGUUUAAAAUCUUUUAAAAUUUCUUUGUAAAUGCCUACUUUGACAUAUGGCUCUUUUUAGAAAUGUAUUAUUUAGUUUCCAAAUAUUUCAUGUUUUUCUUUGUUUUUUCUGGUAAUUUAUAAUUUAAUUCCAUUUUAGAGCACAUACCUUAUGACUUGAAUCAUUUGCAUUUAUUGAAACUUUCUUUAUUGCCCAGAAUAUGGCUAUCUGUAAGAUUUGCAGGUUCACCUGACAUGUCUGUGUAUUGUACUAUUGUUAGGUGAAGGGUUCUGUAAGUGUCAAAGGUCAAGAAGCUAAUAAGAUUGUCUAAGUUUUCUGUAUCCUGAUUUUCUGUGUUUGGGAAUUGUUUAUAUCAAUUAUUUGAAAAUAGUUGUUUAUAUAUUUGAAUGUAAAAGUAGAUUUACCUAUUUGUGCAGUUCUAUCAUUUUUUUUCUUCAUGUAUUUUGAUGCUGUUUUAUUUGGUGAAUAAAUAUUUCCUAUUGCUAUGUCCACUUAA